AUGGCUUUUCUCAAAACACUAGAUCUGAAUACUUUCUGCAAUGGUUCUAUAAUGGAGCGUCAGCAAUUCGCACAAUCUUUGAAAGAAGGACUCCGAGAACAUGGAUUUGUGAAGUUAGUCAACCAUGGCUUUUCAGAUGAUGAUAUUAAUCAACUGUUCAACUGGAAUAAACGAUUUUUUGCUCUCGGAAAAGAGCAGAAGGAAAAGAUCAUGAAUUUUCCAAAUGACAAUCCUCAGAGAGGAUGGAGCGGCGUUGGUAUAGAGAAGACUAGCACAUUGAAUCCAGCAGGUAAAACCAACCUUACCCGAUGUAGCCAUAAGAACCUACAUGAUGCUAAGGAACACUUCGACAUCGGCCCAUCCUGCGAUACGCAAUUUCCAAACCAAUGGCCCUCAGAGGUAGAUAUUCCGGGCUUCGAAACAUGGGUAACAGCUUAUUUUGACAAAUCAUAUCAAAUCGCUCUCGAUCUUCUGGGCGCACUGGAGUUUGCAUUCGAUAUGCCUCAGGGCUCCUUUGUUAAGAAAUGUGCAGGGCAUGCCAGCGAGCUGCGGCUCAACCACUACCCAGCUAUUUCCACCGACACACUAGAGAUCGGUACAACCCGUCGUAUCUGGCCACAUACAGACUUUGGCCUCAUAACACUACUGGCACAAGAUGACAAUGGAGGUCUCGAAAUUCAAGAUCCAAAUCAGCCGGGUGAGUUCUUGCCCGUAAUGCGGAACCAUCCAAGUGAGUUGGUCGUCAAUGCUGGCGAUUGUCUAGAGCGAUGGACCAACGGGAUUAUUAAGGCCGGUCUACAUCAAGUCACCACUCCAAGUCACGUAAAACAGAAAAAGGGAGAGAUGCUACCAGCACGACAUUCAGUUGCAUUCUUCCUAAAAGCAGCUAGAGGUGCUAGUGUCGGUCCGUUUGAAAAGUUUGUUGAUGGGGUUCCGCUUUAUGAGGAUAUGACCGCUCUUGCUUAUCACAAGCAGCGACAAGGAAUUGUUUAUUGA